AUGUCGAAUACCUAUGGAUUGGACUUCUUGCGCACAGAGCAUACAUUGAAUGAAUAUGACGAACCAAAGCAAGAAGUAGUGCAAUCAAUUUCGGUACCAGUCACGCAAACGGGCGACGAAUUGGCAGCCGAAGUGGCACACAAACCAGACUUGGAGAAACAGUUUGAUGUCAUUCAUUUCUUGCAGAAGCAUCGAUCGGCUGGAUGCCUCGCUCCUUCGGUUAUUUAUGAAAGAACAGGGAUUGAUCUCAUUGAGGAUGAGUCUGUUGCUCAAAUGUUGCAGCACAACCCAAAGAUAAGAGUGGACCAAGUGCCAGACCCUGAAAAUCCCAGCUUGAUGAUUGCCACUUAUGCCUAUCAAGCAAAAUACAAUCAUGUGCGAGAUCGUACGUCUUUGCUGGCUCAAAUUAAUAGAUGUAAAAAUGGAGUUCCUAGAAGGGACCUGGACGAUGCCUAUGACGGCGUGGAAGACGAUCUUGAUGCUUUGAUUACGGCAGGAGAUGUCCUCGCAAUCAACAAUUCAGAGGAUAAGGACAAAAUUUUGUUUCCUCGCGGCGAAGCUUUCUUGGUGGAUAUGGAUGGAAUUGUUGUUAUUCCGGAAGAAGAAACGAACGAAUCAAUUGAACCACAACCGCAACCGAAUUUGACGACUGGAAAUCCUGGCGAGGCAGUCUCCUCCAUGGACCCACCACCGCCAAAGCGUAAACGAGAUGUCUAUGUUCUCAAUGUUGACGUUGAUCCCAGAAGCCAGAUUCGAAGAGGAGAAGCCUUUCAGGUUGGUGGACAAUGGUUCCGUGUUUCCAGUGCCGUUCGAGAAGGAUCAUUGAAGGAUCAGCCCGUUCGUGCGCAAGCGCCACUCUCUGUUGUUUCUUUGGCAGACCUGCCAAAACGAAAUGAGCAAGAUGGAUACAUUCGACCGCUCAAUGAAAAGUCGUUACCGUGUGACGGUGCUCUGAGUUCGUCUGCUAUGGAGAAUAUCAAAAAGGCAAAAGAAGCACGAGAGCGCUUAUUCAAGCUUGCUCAUGGUCGAACCAGUGGUGUGAUUUCACAGCUACUUGGCAGUCAUGCCCACGCCUCCAAUCCAAAUACCUUGGCUGCAUCAUUUGGAACUGCCACUGUGACCUCUCGCAAACGCCCAAAUAAAGCAGGUGCAAUGAAUUCAGCGCGCAAGCAAGAUGGACAAAAAGCACAACAAGCUGCGUCUGACCCCUAUCUAUCGCUCUACUCUCAUGCUCGCCGUCAUGGCUGCACCAAGGAUGUACGAGAAAUGUACUUGGCAACUCGCGUAGAAGUGCCAGUUGGAGAAGCCGAGUUGCAGCGGCUAAUGGUAGAAAACAAACUGCUGGAGCCUGGGGAGAAUAUGAGACGACCUCGUCUGAAAAAGAAAUCCAAUGUCGAUAAUGAUGGAAAACCCAAGAAGAGACGAUACUAUGAGAGAAAGAACCAAAGAAUGACGAAUACGCAUUUGGAUGGUACCGAAAUUGGUGCUGUAUUGAGGCGAGCCACCGAAAAACAAAACCAAGGUCAAGCAGUUGGUGACGGUGGUAUUUUGAAAAUGAGCGCAAUCGUACUGAGAAACCUGCGGCGGCAGAUGAGAAGGGAGUUGUUUCCGAGAUUGGCAAUUCGUAGCACGUCAGUUCUAUCUUCACAGCCGUCCACGACUCUUGCACCUCCAGUGUCGGAAAAGAGGUAUAUUUCUUACACGGCUCCAAGAUUGCAAGAAUUUAUGGAAUAUGAUGGUGUAUCAGAAUCUGUGAGCAAGAUCAUCAAUGAACAUGCCCUUCAACACCAAACAUCUGUGAGUCUUCAAGCGUUGAUGAGGACGGGGCGGGGAGAAUUCCUUCAUAAAUCUUUUGACGAGGACUUGAUCGAGAAUCCUCAGCAUUCUGCUACCGAGUUGGUUUUAAUUCAAGUUGCCAGCUUUCUUCGAAGAGAGUUGCCCAUUCGGUUGGCCCAUCGAGUGCAAGAUUUGGAGGGUGUACCGUUGGUGAAGGAAAUGUCGAGUGUAAAACAAGUUAAAGAACUCUACAUCAAAUCGCUUGUGGAGCUUGCCGAAUUCGAGAACAUCACCACACCGGAGCAAGAGCAAGCCUUUUCGAGGUUGGUCGAAAACAUUUACGAGCGUCACUCGGGAGUGCUGGUGCAGAUGGCCCGGGGAGCCUAUGAAUACCGCAACCGUAUUGCUCGGGAUCAGACGAAUCCUCGUGAUGCAUUCGCAAAGAUGGAGGAAACUCAUGAAUUUCUCGACAGAUUUUACCUCUGCAGAAUUGGUAUUCGUGUACUGAUUGGACAAUAUCUGGCACUUCGGCAGCCACCAGUGGACAACUAUGUGGGAGUCAUUUGCAGUGUCACAUCUCCCUAUGAGAUUGUCAAACGAGCCAUUGAUGAUGCAGCCUUUAUGUGCACCCGCAAAUACGGCGACGCCCCGGAGGUCAUUAUGAGUGGGCGCUUGGACCUAACCUUCCCAUAUGUUCCCACCCAUUUGCACUAUAUCAUGUUGGAACUAUUGAAGAAUAGUAUGCGAGCAACAGUGGAAUGGCACGGGGUUGACGCCGAUUUUCCACCUAUCAAAGUGAUUAUUGCUGAUGGAAAGGACAACGAAGACGUGGUCAUCAAAGUGAGCGACGAAGGAGGAGGCAUUCCAAGAUCCAACAUGAAAAAGAUUUGGAGUUACUUGUUCACUACCGCCGACCCUUCCAUUCAAGAAGGAAUGGUCGGAGUCCAAACUGGCGAGGCGGUAGACCACGGUAUCCAUUCCCCGUUGGCUGGUUUGGGUUAUGGACUACCAAUUUCUCGAAGUUAUUGCCGGUAUUUUGGAGGGGAUUUGAGCAUUAUGAGCAUGGAAGGAUUUGGAACUGACUGCUUUGUCUAUUUGGCACGACUUGGAAAUACACAGGAACCAAUCCCAGUCUAA